UCACUUUCAUCUUUAAUCUCCUCAAAAUCAUAUCUAAACCACCAUGAAAUAAUGAAACUUUACAAUUAAAGUAUCUUAUAGAUAUAUACAACAUUUUCAUCAUAUAAUCAUAACAUUAUAUUCUACCUUUUCAUUUCAAAAAAGAAAUGGAAAGUCAUGUUAGCACAUUUUUAGCUACUUUCAUUAGUACUACCAUCUUUAUCAUUUUCAUUCCUUUUGUUCUUGCACAAAAUGAUGAAGUUUCAUCUCUUUUGUCUAUCAAAUCGUCUUUCAUCGAUUCUUUAGGCUAUUUACGCGAUUGGAACGUAAACGUAAACGUUUCGAUCCCUAGUAAUAUGUCACAUUGUAAAUGGACUGGUGUCACAUGCAAUGAACAUGGUUUUGUAAAUAAGCUUGAUCUUUCCAACAUGAAUCUAACAGGAAACAUAUCCAAUGACUUCCAAAACUUGAACCAUCUUUCUUUUCUAAACAUUUCUUCAAAUGGGUUCGAUUCGAGUCUGCCUGACUCGUUCUCGAACCUAAGUUCACUCGAGACACUCGACGUCAGUCAAAACAACUUCAUUGGCGAGUUUCCUUUUGGUUUUGGCAAAGGAGCCACACUACUAAAAACCAUCAAUGCUUCUAGUAACAAUUUUGCAGGGUACCUGCCAGAGUAUCUUAGCAAUGCAACUUUACUAGAAACAAUCGAUUUUCGUGGUAGUUUUUUCGUUGGAACAAUCCCAAAAAGUUACAAAAAUUUGAAAAAUUUGAAGUUUCUUGGAUUAUCAGGGAAUAAUCUAACAGGGCAAAUUCCACCAGAAAUCGGUCAGCUUUCAUCUCUAGAAGUUAUUAUAAUCGGAUACAACGAAUUCGAGGGUCCAAUUCCAGCCGAAAUUGGAAAUCUUGAAAAUUUGCAGUAUCUGGAUUUGGCAGUUGGGACACUUUCUGGGCCAAUUCCAAAAGAAUUGGGUAAGCUUAAAAAUCUUACUACAUUAUAUGUGUAUCAAAAUAGUUUUGAAGAAAAGAUUCCUAACGAAAUUGGGAAUCUUUCUUCAUUGAUUUAUCUUGAUCUGUCUGAUAACAAAUUUUCGGGUCAGAUUCCAGAGGAAAUAGCUGAUUUAAAAAAUUUGAAGUUAUUAAAUCUAAUGUGUAAUCAGCUUACAGGUUUUAUUCCAAGUAGAAUUGGUGACUUGCCAAAUUUAGAAAUUCUUGAAUUAUGGAAGAAUUCUUUGAAUGGUUCAUUACCUUCUAAUCUUGGAAUGAAUUCGCCUUUACAAUGGCUAGAUGUUUCUUCUAAUUCGUUAUCCGGUGAGAUUCCGGCUGGUUUGUGUGAUUCCGGGAAUCUUACUAAACUUAUUUUGUUUAACAAUUGGUUUUCGGGCUCUCUCCCAAUUGGGCUUUCAACUUGUUCUUCUUUAAUUCGUGUUCGUGUUCAGAAUAACUUGAUUUCGGGUAUGAUUCCUGGUGGAUUCGGUAAGUUACCCGAGUUACAACGUUUGGAAAUGGGGCAUAACAAUUUAAGUGGCCAAAUUCCUCAUGAUCUAACUCUAUCGAGUUCACUUUCUUUCAUCGAUGUGUCUUCAAACAAACUCGUGUCGAGUUUGCCUUAUAGUAUUUUGUCAAUGCCUAAUCUUCAAACAUUAGUUGUUUCUGACAACUAUUUAGAUGGGGGAAUCCCGAGCCAGUUUCAGGAUUCCCCCUCUUUAUCUGUACUUGAUUUAUCAAGCAACAGAUUCUCUGGGAAAAUCCCAAAGAGCAUAUCUUCUUGUCAGAAGUUAGUAAAUAUGAAUCUAAGUCACAACGAAUUGACCGGAGAAAUCCCAACAUCGGUAGCAAGUAUGCCGAUGUUAUCCGUUCUUGAUCUUUCAAACAAUUCGUUCGUCGGACGGAUUCCAGAGUCGUUUGGGAGCUCGCCGGCUUUAGAGACAGUAAAUCUUUCUUACAACAAGCUCGAAGGACCUGUCCCGAAUAAUGGAAUGUUAAUGACGAUAAACGCCAAUGAUCUAGUCGGAAAUGAGGGUCUCUGUGGUGGCAUUCUUAAGCCAUGUUCACAUACUCGAAAGACUAAUUCGGCCCGUAAGAAACUUCAUGUUGAACAUGUCAUUUUCGGGUUUGCUUUUGGGGUUUGUGUGAUUUUACUAGUCGGCCUCGCGGUUUUCACCGGGCGAUGGCUUUAUAAAAGAUGGUUUUUGUACGGAUUCUUAGAUGGGUGGUUCAUGAAAAGCAGGACAGAAUGGCCUUGGAGACUCAUAGCUUUUCAAAGACUUCAUUUUACAAGUGCAGAUAUAAUGGCUAGUAUAAAAGAAUCAAAUGUGAUUGGAAUGGGUGGAAGUGGGAUUGUGUACAAAGCCACGACGAACCACACUUCAAGUUCGUCGGUCGCGGUCAAGAAACUGUGGAGAUCCGAGCCCGAUAUUGAAAAUGGGGACGACUUGUUUGUAGAAGUGAAUCUUCUAGGUCGAUUAAGGCAUCGAAAUAUAGUGAGAUUAUUGGGUUACCUUCAUAACGAAACCGAUGUUAUGAUGGUUUAUGAGUAUAUGCCUAAUGGGAACCUUGGAGAGGCGUUGCACGGGAAGCAAUCCGGACGAAUGUUGGUGGAUUGGGUCUCGAGAUAUAACGUUGCGCUUGGUGUAGCUCAAGGUUUGGCUUACCUUCACCACGAUUGUCACCCGCCGGUCAUACAUCGUGAUGUUAAGGCGAAUAAUAUCCUUCUUGACGCGGAUCUUGAGGCUAGGAUUGCGGACUUUGGGUUGGCUCGGACGAUGGUUAGGAAGAAUGAGACCGUUUCCAUGGUUGCUGGAUCUUACGGAUAUAUAGCACCAGAAUAUGGAUACACUUUGAAGGUAGACGAGAAAAGCGACAUAUACAGUUUCGGGGUGGUGCUACUAGAGUUAUUAACAGGGAAACAACCAUUGGACCCGUCGUUUGGUGACUCGGUCGAUAUAGUAGAAUGGGUUCGCAAUCGGAUGAACAAGAGAGAAUUGGAAGGCACAUUUGAUAUAGAUAUAGGAGGGGAAUGCAAGUUUGUCCAAGAAGAAAUGUUGUUGGUGCUAAGAAUUGCACUUUUAUGCACUAACAAGUUACCAAAAGAGAGGCCUUCAAUGAGGGAUGUGAUCACAAUGCUUGGAGAAGCAAAACCAAGAAGAAAAAGUAUUUGUGAUGAUAUUGGGGCCAAAGACAAGCCCAUUUUCAACAACUCACCAGUCAUAGGCCUGCUGUAGUAUUAGUAAAUCUUGCUUAGACAAGUACUUGCCCAGUUGGCCGUGUAUGCGCACCAAGAAACUCGUCGAACAUCGGUACAAAAACAAGCCAAUACGUACUUUUCUUGUCAUUUUGACCUUGAAAUCGCAAGUUUAUAGAUCAUCCAGUGAAAAUACUUUGUACAUUUGUUAUUAUGUAAGAAAUCUUAAACCUUUGUUGUGUAUUUUGGGCCAAAGUGUAAGUGCUGAAAACUUACAUAACCAUUUAAGAAAUCUCAUGUUUAUUUGUCUAUAUGUUAUAGUGUAACCUAAUUAUUCAGAUGUAUUAAAGAACUACAUUUCUUUUGA